AUGUCCUACAGUCAAAACACCCGCUCCGUCGGGAGUUCCUCUUCCACCCACAGCGACGCCUCCGACCGCUCCAAAAGCACCAUCCCCACCGUCUACAGCGAUCGCCCGACAUCCAAGCGACGAGACGACUACACCCCCGAUCUCCGCGAUAUCACGCCGACAGAUUCGGUCUCGACCUACGCCUCCACCAUCCCCUCCACCGACGACCUCGCCGACGAGCCACCACCCCUCUAUGAAGUCGACGACCGUCGCAUCGAUGUCUACCCCACCGAUGUCCUCCCCUCCACCCCAUCCACCUUUGGCAAGCUCUUCCCCUCCUCCCGUCGCCUCCUCAUCCGCCACGACGAUGCCACCCUCGACGGCAACAUGAACCUGCGCGUCGACACCUCCGUCACCCAGCGCGCCGGCCACCAGCAGGACGUCACCCUCUUCCACCUGCGCAUGCACGACCUGUUCUCCCGGAAGUUCUCCUUCCGCCGGUACUGCCGCGACUCCGGCCGUGAGGUGUGCCACUCCGAACGCCGCUCCCUGCCCACCGCUGCCGAGAAGCACCCUGUCCUGCGCCGGUCGUGGUCCAGCGUCCUCGCCAGCCUGCGGCCCGGCAACGGGCCGGCCCCGGGCACUGCUCUCGAGCACAAGCGCCACGACUCCGGGUAUCGAUCGGGGACGGACGACGCGGGCGUCGACGAGGACGGCGGCGGCGGCGGCGGCGACGGCGGCAGGGUGCCCCGCGAUGGCGGCCCGCCGUCUGUCACCCUGGGCGAUAGCAUCCGCAUGGAGUUCUCAAACUAUGCGCACGUCGAGCUCAAGCGCCGCGGGCAGCGCUAUGAAUAUGAGUACUGGGCGACCAAGUACCAGUGGCGACGGCAGUGUCGGAAGGAGGGCGAUCUGCGCACCGUCUCGUAUCAUCUCAUCAACACUCGCACCAACAAACAGGUCGCGCACAUGAUGCCCGAAAUCCUCACGCCGCUCGAGGCCGCCGACGAGGAGAAGAAGGGCGGGUGGGUGCCGCCGUCAUCGCUGUGGAUCAACGAUCCGUCCGUGUAUCAGAAGAUGCCUGAUGUCGCCGAUGUGAUCGUCGCCACGGGCUUGGUGGUGUUGGUCGACGACUGCAUCCGUCAGAAAUGGCACGCGCACAAGCCGGCCUCGUUCUCGCUGGCGAGGAGUAUCGAGCUGAUGGGUCCGCGACGCCUCAUCGAUGAGGUGUUCCUUCGGCGCGGGUCGGCCUGA